ACCGCCGUGAGAGGCGUACGUCCGUUUCGCGACUCCAUUCCAUCGGAAUGAGACUUUCAUAGUUAAACUCUAUGGAAAAAGUUUAAAAGGAACACAGUGAUAAAGUUUUGUCGCUUCAUUGUUUAUAAUUCGAGUGCACCAUGGGGUCGAUGUUCAGGAGUGAGGAGAUGGUGCUGUGCCAACUCUUCGUACAGCCCGAGGCAGCCUACAUCUCUAUGUACGAGCUGGGGGAGGCAGGCAUCGCACAAUUCAGAGACUUGAACCCCCACGUGAACGACUUCCAACGUCGGUACGUGUCAGAGGUGCGUCGUUGCAGCGAGAUGGAGCGCAAGCUGCGGUACGUGCGAGGCGAGUUGCCCGAGCCACCUCCGCCGCCAAAGCCCUCGCCUACACUGCUCAGUCCUCGAGAGAUCAACAUACUAGAGGAAAGAAUAGACUACGUCGAGUCAGAGAUUCAAGAAAUAACUCGUAACGCUCAGAACUUGAAGACGGAUUAUCUCUCACUGAAGGAGCUCAAACUUUUAAUUGAAAAAACCCAGACGUUCUUCCAAGACCACAGCCAUCAUAGAAAGAUCUCCGCUUCAGUACAAGUGUACAACAAUGAAGGGGUCCUGGGGCAUCUCGGUUUUAUCGCAGGUGUGGUGGCGACCCCGAAGGUGGCUUCGUUCGAGAGAAUGUUAUGGAGAAUAUCUCAUGGAAACAUCUUCUUCAAGCAAGCACAAAUUGAUGAACCACUGAAGGAUCCUGUCACUGGUCAUGAACUCCAAAAGACUGUGUUCGUGGUAUUCUUCCACGGUGAACAAAUCAAAUUAAGAGUAAAGAAGGUGUGCAACGGGUUCCAAGCAACAUUGUACCACUGUCCCGCCACGUAUAAGGAACAACAAGAAAUGUUAGCUGGAAUAGUUAGUCGGAUCAAAGAUUUGGAGAUUGUACUAGAACAGACAGAGCAACAUCGGCGGCUGGUGCUGGCAAACAUCGCUCGCGACCUGAGUACAUGGCUGGUGGCGGUGCGUCGCGAGCAGGCCAUUUACCACACACUCAAUAUGUUCAGCAUGGACAUAGUCAAAAAGUGCCUCAUUGCUGAGUGCUGGGUGCCGCGUAUAGACUUACCUAUACUACAGAAGGCGUUAGACAAUGGAGUGAAAGCCAGCGGUAGUCCGAUCCCGUCAUUCCUGCAUCACGUGACAACGCACGAGACGCCGCCCACGUUCAACCGAGUCAAUAAGUUCACAAGCGGCUUUCAAAACCUUAUUGAUUCGUACGGUGUUGCUAGUUACAGAGAAGUAAAUCCAGCGUUAUAUACAAUAAUCACAUUCCCUUUCCUAUUUGCGGUAAUGUUUGGCGACGUUGGACACGGCCUCAUCAUGACCGCUUUCGCUGCGAUCAUCAUCAUAUUAGAGAAGAGACUGGCCAAGAAGAAGACCGACAAUGAAAUCUGGAACAUAUUCUUCGGAGGUCGAUAUAUUAUCUUACUUAUGGGCAUAUUCUCAAUCUACACUGGUUUGAUAUAUAAUGAUAUGUUCUCCAAGUCUCUCAACAUAUUCGGCAGUAGUUGGAAAAACACUUACGAUAAUGAAACCUUGGUGCGUCACAGAAUGCUCGAACUGGACCCCGCAAUUGCCUACACACAAACGCCAUAUCCUUUUGGAUUGGAUCCCGCUUGGCAGUUCGCAGCAAACAAUAUAAUCUUCCUCAAUUCGUUCAAGAUGAAGCUGUCCAUAAUAUUCGGCGUAAUCCAUAUGGCGUUCGGUGUGACAAUGAGUGUGGUAAACUUCAACUUCUUCAAGAGGAACUACAUGAUCUACUUGCAAUAUAUCCCUCAGAUAUUGUUUCUAUUGUUGCUGUUUUGGUAUCUAUGUAUACUAAUGUUUAUGAAGUGGACGAUGUACUCCGCCGUGUCGCCUGACCCGGCAUAUGGCACGUACUGCGCACCUUCAGUACUGAUCAUCUUCAUCAACAUGAUGCUGAUGAAAAAGUCCGAUUCGCGGCCGCCGUGCCCGCAGCACAUGUAUGCCGGACAGGAACCGCUGCAGAAGACCUUCCUUGCCAUAGCUUUCCUCUGCGUGCCCAUCAUGCUGUUUGGGAAACCAGUUUACCAGAUGAUAGCAGAUAAAAAGAAAAAGCGAUACCAACAAGGCGUAGAAAGCGGCGAUGUGGCGGAAAAGGACCCACAUGACGGCGGCAUGGGAGAGGUGCUCAUAACACAAGCCAUACAUACCAUAGAGUAUGUGCUCGGUACAGUUUCCCACACAGCAUCCUACCUGCGUCUCUGGGCGCUGUCUCUGGCUCACGCACAGUUGUCAGCGGUGUUGUGGCAGCGCGUACUACGCAUAGGUUUGGGCGGCGGGUCGCCUGUCAACGCGAUACUGCUGUACGUGAUAUUCGCGGUGUGGGCGUUCUUCACUCUCGCCAUCCUGGUGCUCAUGGAGGGUCUCUCCGCAUUCCUCCAUACGCUCAGACUUCACUGGGUGGAGUUUAUGAGUAAAUUCUAUGAAGGUCAAGGAUACGCAUUCGUUCCAUUUUCCUUUGCGGCAAUACUGGAACGUGAAGACGACGAUCUAGUGGUACAAAAGAAUGGCGCCUCGCAGGAGUGAAAGACCAGCGUUAUGCUAGACAAUCAGUUGACAUAUAUAAAUGGACUAUAUCUAGUACAAAGACUAUAAAUCAUAAUAUAUAAUAAGAAUAGACUAAUUCUAGUAUUAUUCUUUAUCUUUGUAAAAGACUUGAACAAAGAAAUGACGUUUAAAUUAAAGAAAAAGUCGAUUAUUUUCAUCGACUAUAAAAUUUUAAAACCAUU